AUGUUUAAAGAACUAAUAUCAAUCCUUCUCAUAUUCUUCAGAAAGAAAUUGAAAGUGGAGAGAAUGCUUUCUAACUUAUUCAGUGAGGCCAGCAUUGCCCUAAUACUGAGCCAGAUAAAGACACUACAAGGAAACUACAGACCAAUACUCCUUAAGAACAUUAAUAUAAAAAUCCUCCCUUUCCAACCCGGGACGGGCAGGAUGGCUCCAGCAAAGAAGGGCAGUGAGAAGAAGAAGGGCCAGUCUGCCAUCAACAAGGUGGUGACCAGAGAAUACACCAACAGCAUUCACAAGCGCAUCCAUGGAGUGGGUUUCAAGAAGUAUGCCCCUCGGGCACUCAAAGAAAUCCGGAAAUCUGCCAUGAAGGAGAUGGGAACUCCAGAUGUAUGCAUUGACACCAGGACCAACAAACCUGUCUGGGCCAAAGGAAUAAGGAAUGUCCCAUACCAUAUCCAUGUGCGGUUGUCCAGAAAACGUAAUGAAGUUGAAGAUUCACCAAACAAGCUCUAUACGUUGGUUACCUGUGUAUCUGUCACCACUUUCAAAAAUCUGCAGACAGUUAAUGUGGAUGAGAAUUAACUGUGCUUGUUCAAUGAAGUUACAGAACCAUCAAAAAAAAAAUUCCUCAACAAAAUACUAACGAAGAAUUCAGCAGCAUAUUAAAAAGGUUAUGUGCUGUGACCAAGUGGGAUAUAUUCCCGGAAUAUACAAGGAUGGUUCAACAUAUGAAAAUUGAUCAAAUGUUAUUCACUAUAUUGAAAAAACUACCCGAUCUUCUCAAUUGAUAGAGAAAAAGCUUGUGACACAAUUUAAUACCCUUUUCAUGAUAAAAAAAAAAACACUCCUCGGG